AGAGAGAGAGAGUGAGAGAGAGUGAGAGAGAGGAAACCGCUAAAAAACAUUUCAUGGGGAAGGUAACAUACACUGCGGUCUGUAUGCGCAGACAGGAAUACAGUUGUUGCUUUGAAUGUGGACCCAGAAGGCAACACAAUCAUCACAGCUUCCUUGACAUCAUGGAAUCUAAUCUUACAGGAAGUGGUUAUUUCUAAGAUGAUGGAGGAUAAUAGUGGAGUAUGUCAUGUGAUGGAGGAGAAUCGGGUGGAUGUGCAGAUCAGACAAACCGAAGCUGAGCCACAGCAGGCCGACAACAACGUCCCCAAAUGGACAAAUGGUCAGUGUGUUGUGGCGACGCCGAGCUGUUCGAUGCUCAACCCGAGCUUUGAUCUGUCGCUGUGCCGGGCCAAACUGGAGACUGAUGGCUUUCAGAUUCCCUUCAAAGACAUGGACGCUCCACUGAAGACAGCGCUGGACGUUCCCUCAGUCAGGAGAUACCUGGUUUUUAACUCCGCUCUCUUCCAUUUUGCGAUGGCACCGGUGCUGUAUGUAGUUGUGUGGUGCGGCGUGUUCUCCACACUCCACCUCUAUAUCGCUGUCAGUGACUACUGGGUGCUCUGCCUCUCCGUCAGCCUCGUCUCCAUCUUCCUCACCAUUGCCAUCAUCUUUGUCCUCCAAUACAGAAACAAGGAGAUCAACAUGAACAUCGAUGUUCGGUUAAUCCAGGUGAAUGAGAGGUUGGUGAAACACAAGCUGCUGGUGGCCGUGGCCGACUGGGUGCAGUCCUGCGCCGGAAACAUGCAGUUGUACUUUGUAUUUUGGGACAUGUCCUGCUGUCUGAGGGCCCUGACUGAAACAUUUGAGGAGCGCAGUUUUGUGGAGGACAACACCCAGAACAAACUGGAGAGGAAACUGUCGCAUCUCGUUCUUGUGGCCGAGGAUGCAGCUGUUGACCCAGAGGUCGGAGGGUCAGAUGAGGAGCAGGACUCUAGUGAACAGAGGCCUCUGCUGACACGCGAGGACACGGAGUGCAGUACCUCAGCUAACAGGCCUGAGGGCGCCAAAGUCACCACCAACUACAGUCUCGUCCCUGAUGCGUCGUUACCUGCUCAGGCCAAAGCCUACCAGCUUCUGAUGACCUACAGUGCCACUUAUGUGAGGCUGCUCCUGUCCGAGAGGCUGUCAAGACCCUCACACUACCCGCUCGGACCACAGAAUCACUGCCCCACCGACCAUCUCUGCCUCUGCCAGUACAUCAAAAAGAAGAUCCUUCGAUAACAGAACAGAGUCAAUCAAGGGACUCUGAACUAGUGGAUGACGAAAAGACAAAACAACAAGACAAAGCAUUCUUGCCCUUGAAAAGACUAACAGACGUGUGGGCACGUUUCCUCGUCAUGCAUUAUGUUGUUUUGAUCAAAUGCUCCUGUGCUGCUGCCUUGACGCCAGCUCGGUGUUUGCACCGGCCACUUGGUCCAAACCAUUUCUGCACCGUGCCAGACGCGGUCUGUUCCACCUGCUGUAAAACAAUAUUUGCACUAUUGUACACGGGACAAUCACAGCGUUAGUUACUGUUAACUGUUGAUAAUCUGCUCAAAUACAACACACUGAUAUUAAACUGGUGGUUUCAUAUGUUUUUGUGACCUUUUACUGAAA